AUGUGCAGGCUUCACCCCUGGGCCAGAUGCCAGCCCCUCUGUGUGGCCGGCGUUGGGGGAGUCCUCAUUUGUGCCUUCCUUCUCCUGGGCGGCUGGGGACUCCCCGGUUUCCAGCAGAGUUUUCUUCAGGCCUGGGAGCCAGCGGAGGUGUCUUCCCACGCUGGCCCUGAUGCUGGCUACAAAGGCCUCCGGAGAGAGAGUCGGGCUGCGGGAGGCAUCCUGCACCUGGAGCUGCUGGUGGCCGUGGGCCCCGACGUGCACCAGGCUCACCAGGAGGACACGGAGCGCUACGUGCUCACCAACCUCAACAUUGGGUCGGAACUGCUGCGGGACCCGUCCCUGGGGGCUCAGUUCCGAGUGCACCUGGUGAAGAUGGUCAUCCUCACGGAGCCCGAGGAUGCCCCCAACAUCACAGCCAACGUCACCUCGUCACUGCUGAGCGUCUGUGCGUGGAGCCGGACCAUCAACCCCGAGGACGACGCAGAUCCCGGGCAUGCAGACCUGGUGCUCUACAUCACCAGGUUUGACCUGGAGCUGCCUGAUGGUAACCGGCAGGUGCGGGGAGUCACCCAGCUGGGGGGCGCCUGCUCCCCCUCCUGGAGCUGCCUCAUCACUGAGGACACCGGCUUCGACCUGGGGGUCACCAUCGCCCACGAGAUUGGGCACAGCUUGGGCCUGGAGCACGAUGGCGUGCCCGGCAGCGGCUGCGGCCCCGGCGGCCACGUGAUGGCGUCCGAUGGCUCCGCGCAAGGCCACGUGGGCCUCGCCUGGUCCCCCUGCAGCCGCUGGCAGCUGCAGGACCUGCUCAGCACAGGACGGGCGCACUGCUUGUGGGACCCGCCACGGCCGCAGCCUGGACCCGGACCGGGACCCGAGAGGCAGCUGGGGAAGGCGCUGCCCGGCCUCUACUACAGCGCUGACGAGCAGUGCCAUGUUGCCUUCGGCCCCGCGGCUGUGGCCUGCACCUUCGCCAGGGAGGACCUCGACGUGUGCCAGGCUCUCUCCUGCCACACAGACCCGCUGGACCAGAGCAGCUGUAGCCGCCGCCUCAUCCCCCUCCUGGAUGGGACAGAGUGUGGCGUGGGGAAGUGGUGCUCCAGGGGCCGCUGCCUCUCCCUGCCUGAGCUGCCCCCCGUGGUGGCAGUGCACGGGCACUGGUCUAGCUGGGGCCCCCUAAGUCCUUGCUCCCGCUCCUGUGGAGGAGGUGUGGUCACCCGGAGGCGACGGUGCAAUAACCCCAGACCUGCCUUUGGGGGGCGUGCGUGCGUCGGUGCUGACCUCCAGGCAGAGAUGUGCAACACCCAGGCCUGCGAGAAGAGCCAGCAGGAGUUCAUGUCGGAGCAGUGCGCCGAGACCGACGCCCAGCCGCUGCACCUCCCCGCGGGCGGCGCCUCCUUCUACCGCUGGGGCGCCGCCGCCCAGCACAGCCAAGGGGACGCUCUGUGCAGACACAUGUGCUGGGCCAUUGGUGAGAGCUUCAUCAUGAGACGUGGAGACAGCUUCCUGGACGGGACGCGGUGUGUGCCCAGCAGCCCUCGGGAGGACGGGGUGCUGAGCCUGUGCGUGUCGGGCAGCUGCAGGGCAUUUGGCUGCGAUGGCAGGAUGGACUCGCAGCGGGCGUGGGAUGCGUGCCAGGUGUGUGGAGGCGACAACAGCACCUGCAGCCCACGGAACGGCUCUUUCACGGCCGGGAGAGCCAGAGAAUACGUCACCUUCCUGACGGUCACGCCCGGCCUGACCAGCGUGUACGUCGCCAACCGCAGGCCUCUCUUCUCGCACUUGGGUAUGAGGAGGGUUGGCGCCCCGAUGCACGGGACUUAUGGCCGUUCCCUCGCAGCAGUGAGGAUCGGCGGGCACUACGUCGUGGCCGGGAAGACGAGCAUCUCCCCCAGCACCACCUACCCCUCCCUCCUGGAGGACAGCCGCGUUGAGUACACCGUGGCCCUCACCGAGGACCGGCUGCCCCGCCUCGAGGAGAUCCGCAUUCAGGGACCCCUCCUGGAGGCCAUCGAGAUCCAGGUUUACAGGCGGUACAGCGAUGAGUAUGGUGACCUCACCCGCCCAGACAUCACCUUCACCUACUUUCAGCCUAAGCUGCAGCAGGCCUGGGCGUGGGCCGCCGUGCGCGGGCCCUGCUCGGUGAGCUGUGGGGCAGGGCUGCGCUGGGUGACCUACAGCUGCCUGGACCAGGCCAGGAAGGAGCAGGUGGAGGCUGCCCGGUGCCAAGGGAGCCCGCGGCCGCCGGCGUGGCCAGAGGCCUGUGUCCCUGCGCCCUGCCCCCCGUACUGGCUGGCUGGUGCCUUCGGCCCGUGCAGCGCCUCCUGUGGGGGAGGCCUGCGGGAGCGGCCACUGCGCUGCGUGGAGGCCCAGGGCAGCCUCCUGAAGACCUUGCCCCCGGCCCGGUGCGGAGCAGCGGCCCAGCAGCCUGCCCCGGCGGUGGAGCCCUGCAACUCCCAGCCCUGCCCCACCGGGUGGGAGACGUCAGCCCCUGGCCCAUGCUCAUCGACCGGUGGAGCAGGCCUGGCCUCGAAGAACGCGACGUGUGUGCAGGGGGUGGAUGGCUUGGAGGCUCCAGUGACCGCGGGUCCCGGCUCCACAGGAGAGAGGGCGCCUGUUGUUGAGCUGGGUGCCGACUCUCCGGGGGAAGAGGCUCCCUCGCCAUCGGGCAGUGCCAGGCCGGAGGCUCGCGCUGCCCACGUGUGGACCCCUCUGGCGGGGCCCUGCUCCGUCUCCUGCGGGCGAGGCCUGAUGGAGCUGCGUGUCCUGUGCACAGACUCCACCCUCAGGGUGCCUGUGCAGGAGGAGCUGUGUGACCCGGCAAGCAAGCCCGGGAGCCGGCGGGAGGUCUGCCUUGCUGUCCCGUGCCCUGCUCGGUGGCGGUACAAGCUGGCAACCUGCAGCGUGAGCUGUGGGGGCGGGGUCGUGCGGAGGACCCUGUAUUGUGCCCGGGCCCAGGGGGAGGACAGUGCCGAGGAGAUCCUGCCAGAAGCCCAGUGCCAGGGGCUGCCUCGCCCAGAGCCCCAGGAGGCCUGCAGCCUGGAGCCCUGCCCACCCAGGUGGAAAGUCAUGGCGCUUGGCCCCUGCUCAGCCAGCUGUGGCCUCGGCACUGCUAGGCGCUUGGUGGCCUGCGUGCAGCUGGACCGAGGCCAGGACACGGAGGUGGACGAGGCGGCCUGUGCAGCUCUGGUGCGGCCCCAGGCCAGCGUCCCCUGCCUUGUUGAUGACUGUGCCUACCGGUGGCACGUCAGCACCUGGACAGAGUGCUCCGUCUCCUGCGGGGAUGGCAUCCAGCGCCGGCAGGACACCUGCCUUGGACCCCGAGCCGGGGCGCCUGUGCCAGCAAACUUCUGCCAGCAUCUGCCCAAGCCAGUGACCCUUCGGGGCUGCUGGGCCGGGCCCUGUGCAGCGGUGGGGACACCCAGCUCAGCGCUCCGUGGGGAAGCUGCUGCCCUGGGCCAGACCAUGGUGCCACGUCCUGCUGCUGCUGCUUCCCUGGAGGGGCCCCAGCUCCAGGCCCACCUCCUCUCCCCAGCUCCCCAGACCCUGCGGCUCCUGCCCAGUCGGCGGGAAAGCCCAGCGUGGCCCAGUGCCUGCGGCGGGCAGCACCUUGAGCCAGCCGGGACCAUUGACAUGCGAGGCUUGGGGCAGGCCGACUGUGCGGUGGCCAUCGGGCGGCCCCUGGGGGAGGUGGUGACCCUCCAAAUCCUCGAGAGUUCCCUCAACUGCAGCGCAGGGGAGACGCUGCUGCUUUGGGGCCGGCUCACGUGGAGGAAGUCGUGCACCAGGCUGUCUGGCGAGACCUUCAGCCCCAACACCAACACGCUGCUGGUGAGGCAGCGCCGUGCGAGGCGGGCAGGCGGAGUGGUGCUGCGGUACCGGAGCUGGCCUGCCCCGGGAGCCGUCCACAGAGAAUGUGACAGGCAGCUCUUUGGACCCCGGGGUGAAAUCGUGAGCCCCUCUCUGAGUCCAGACAGGAGGAACCCAGGGGGCUGCCGGCUCUUCAUCGACGUGGCCCCCCAGGCCCGGAUUGCCAUCCACGCCCUGGCCAUGGACAUGGGCACUGGGACCGAAGGAGCCAAUGCCAGCUACAUCUUGAUCCGGGACACCCACAGCCUGAAGACCACAACGUUCCACGGGCAGCAGGUGUUCUACUGGGAGUCGGAGGGCAGCCAGGCGGAGAUGGAGUUCAGCCAGGGCUUCCUGGAGGCGCGGGCCAGCCUGCAGGGCCAGUACUGGGCCCUCCAACCGCGGGCGCGGGACCAGCACAAGCGGCCCUAGCUUCCCUUCCAGCACAUCCGCAGCUACCCCAGUCCUGGGAGGGAACGGCGGGACCGACAUGUACUGAGCACUUCCUAGGCGUCUGGCCAGCCCUGGAGGGGUGACCACUGGCCUCUGCUUUCCAACUCUGACUUGCUCCAGUCUUAGGGUCUUCUCCGGCGUCCAGAAGGCUGGGGGCGGGGCUGGAGACUCUGGAAAGGCACUCCCAGCCUUCGGGCACAAUAAAGGAAAUGUGU